AUGGGAGCACAUUGUCAAUUUUUACGAAAAUGUUCCUACAUACAAAGGAAUAAAACUGGUAAAAAAAUAACUGAAUACCAUUGCAAUCCUAACAAAAUUCCGAAAAUAAAUGUGAAGUUUGCAUCACAAAUUUUUAGCCAAACAGUUGGAGUAAAUAUGGGCUACUUAGCAGACAAGGGGCUGUUACCAAAAGAAUGCCAGGACACAGCUGAUAUAAUUAUCUUUUUCGACGAACUGUUUGAGUCAAUGAAUGGAAGUUUUCUAAAUUCUUCUAAAAGAAGUGGCAAACAGCUACUACAACCUUUAACACCAUCUUCAUUGCACAACCAAAUCUGGAGAAAAGCUAAACAGAUUUUAAAAACAAUGAAAUUUAUUUCCAAAGAAGGAAAAGUUUGUGUAGUGGCAUCUAUUAGCAAUUGGUUGCUAACCAUAGAAAAUAUGGAGUGCCUACGGAAUAAAUUAUUUUACGAAUAUAAUUUAAAAUCUAUAUGGUGUAGACACUUUAAUCAGGAUCCAUUAGAAAAUUUUUUUGGUAGCGGACGGAGUCAUGGGUACAGAAAUAAUUCUCCCACAUGUGCAGGCUUUGAAGCUGCGUUUGCGUCAUUACUCGUAAAUAAUUUAAGCACCAGUUAUUCACCGGGAUCCAAUUGUGAAGAAGAUUCAUGCCACAUAUUUAAAUCUAUAAGUAAAUUAUUUUUUAGCAAAAGCACAAAAAGUGAUGAACCCAUUGAAGUUAAUUUUAGGCACAUUUACGAUAAUGAUUUCAUUGAAGAGGAUAAUGAAUCUCAAAAAGAAAAUAAAUGGGUAAAAUGGCAUCCAAAGGCACUGAAAACAAGGGUGUCAACUGUAUUAAAACCAGACACAGUUACGAAAGCAAGUGUCACUAGCAGACUGGAUAAAUUAAGUGCGACCCGAUUGGAACUGGUACAGUUGCAAAUGGAGACUAACCUAAAGCAACAUCAGUUCUUAGAAGAUGAACACAAACUU